AUGAUUGAUUAUAACGAGCACGAAGACUAUAUCAACAAUCGACUUCUACGACCAGGGGAAAACGGACCGACUCCUAACGAGAGUUGGAGAGGCAUUAUCGAAUCUAAACAAGUUAUUCUCACAGGCAACCCAUACGAAGAUCGAUUGAACCUCGCUCUCUACGAGGAAUCUCUGCCUAUCUCUACUUCAAGUGCAAGUACUUUGAGUACCUCAUACGCUCAUUCCAACUUCUCCACCGACAAUUACGGCCCCUCAAGCAGCCUUGGAUCUGUCUCGGAACAGUACUCAGCUCAAAAAGGGCAGGAACAUAUCGACUAUCUUACUAUCGGUCUUGACGAACUCGAGCUCACAAUUGUCUUAUUUGUCAAAGAAAACGCCUCCUCUUUGAUAAAUAAGUCUCGUUUUAUUAAAUUAUACCAUACCGGUAUAUUUCAGAGAGAGCUUUUGAAUUGUAUUCGUAGCUUUUCGGUGAAGGAGAUCACAGCGGACAGCGGUGAAUAUCGUUACUACAAUAAUUUCGAACAUGAUUUAUUGGCUACAAUUCGAGUACACAAAGCCAAAAGAGAUACGGAGGUGAUCGAAUCAUAUAUUAAAGUCAACGAGACAGAACUAGCUUUGAUUAAGAAAAUUUCUUCCGUGAAACAGAUUGAAGCGUUAGGUUGGCAAGUAGGGGAAGGAUUUUUCUGA